UACUAUAUAUAUACACCUCUUUACAGCCUCAUUCUCUCAAAUUCAUUCUCUCAAAACUUAGUUUCAGCAACCCAAAAUCCCAAGCCUUUAAAAGUCAGCUGCUAGGGAUCAACAUAUAUUUAGAGAAAAUUAAACCAAAUGGCCGCCAUGAAAGCAGUGUCCUCCACCAUCCACCACCACCACCACCACCACCAUGACGCCGGCAAGAAUCGACUACCCAAAAUUUGUGCCUUUCAAGAAAUUGCAAUCGAUACUCUCCCACAUCCAAAAACUUCAAACAGGGUGACUCGUCUAGCCGAAUCAUUCUCAAACCUCCUACAUCUCCAUAUUGAGACACAAGCUCAGAAAAACCUUCACAUCUCAAAUUUGAAUAACUUUCUUUUGGAGGAAAAACAAAACACCCCAACUAUGUCUCCUAAGGAAGACAUAUCUGAUAAAUGGAGAGACAUUCAUGGUUCAUUUGAUUGGGACAACCUUCUUGACCCACUCAAUCCUUGGCUAAGGCGAGAGAUUGUCAAGUAUGGCGAAUUCGCGCAAGCAACGUAUGAUGCUUUCGAUUUUGAUUCUUUCUCAGAGUAUUGUGGGAGUUGUAGAUACAAUCGUCACAAGCUUUUCGACAAAUUAGGCCUAAACAAGCACGGUUACAAUGUGAGCAAGUACAUAUAUGCCAUGUCACAAAUUAACAUGCCCCGGUGGCUAGAAAGGUCCCACCUAGUGGACACAUGGUCCAAAGAUUCCAAUUGGAUGGGUUACGUGGCGGUCAGUGAUGACAAAGAGUCGCAUAGGAUUGGGCGACGAGACAUCGUGGUGGCAUGGCGUGGGACCGUGGCGCCAUCAGAGUGGUACGAGGAUAUGCAGAGAAAGUUGGAGCCUAUUGGGCAUGGGGAAGCUAAAGUGGAACAUGGGUUUCUUAGCAUUUACACAUCUAAGAGUGACACUACUAGGUACAAUAAGUUUAGUGCCUCGGAGCAAGUCAUGAAAGAAGUGACAAGGCUAGUGAAUUUGUACCAGGAGAGAGGUGAAGAAGUGAGCCUCACAAUCACUGGACAUAGCUUAGGUGGUGCAUUGGCUCUCCUCAAUGCCUAUGAAGCCGCCGCCUCAAUUCCUAACCUCCCCAUCAAUGUCAUAUCCUACGGUGCACCUCGGGUUGGCAACAUUGCUUUCCGUGAUGAAAUACAUCAAAUGGGUGUUAAAACUUUACGGGUCGUAGUGAAACAAGAUAUAGUCCCUAAAAUGCCAGGGCUUGUUCUUAAUGAAAGUUUACAGAAGUUCGAUGACAUAACCGGAAACCUGGAGUGGGUAUAUACUCAUGUUGGAGCCGAAUUGAAGCUUGAUAUCCGGUCUUCGCCUUUUCUCAAGCGAGGGUUCAAUUUGCUAGGGUUUCAUAGUUUGGAAACCUACCUUCACCUCAUAGAUGGGUACCUCAGUGGCAGCUCCACAUUUCGGUCGGAGGCUCGAAGGGAUGUUGCUUUAGUGAACAAGGCUUGUGAUAUGCUUUUGGAUGAACUGAGAAUUCCUCAAUGUUGGUAUCAAUUAGCCCACAAGGGACUGGAAUGCAAUGCUCAUGGUAGGUGGGUUAAACCCAAGAGAGACCCUGAAGACAUUCCUUCGCCUACAAAUGUUCAUCCACUUGAGAUGCAGGAGACAUUUGUAGGAAUUGAACCCUUGUGUUGUGUCUAAAUUGAAGAUUAAUUUUGUAUGUAUGUGAUACUUGAAUGAUAUUACAUAUAUAUAUAUAUAUUCUUGUGCUUGCAAAUUAUGGGAGUAAUCACCUUCCCAAAAACAAAAAAAAAAAAAAUUAUGGGAGUAAUCAAAAUGUAUAGAGCCAGUGUGUUUUGAAGGAUAGUUAUGUUAUUAUUUAAUUAACUAAAAAAAAAUUAAGUGCUAGUGAAAAUAAAAUAGUGUGUGAACAUAUAUUCUCUCUCCUGCAAACAGGAGGACUUAAUUGCAUCAUGGUCGACUUUAAAUGUUUUUUCUUCUUUUUUUUGCCUGCUUUGGCCAUGACAUAACCCCUUCAAUCCAUCAUCUUGUCUCAAUAAUUAAACAUAAUUCCUAACCCCACUUGCCAACUUUUCUAUACUUAAUUUGUGAGCAUACUUCUAGUCACAUUUUCAAUCACACUUUAAUAACUAACUAAAGCACUUAAUUCUUUUUG